GCACGCGCGCGGGUGUGUCUCGGGUGCGCGCAUUUUUGCAGCUCGCCCAGGGAUUUCUCACUGUGUGACUGGGACGUUCACGGCAAAGAACUCUGGGGAAGUUCAGGAAGGAUAUUUUUUUAAACCAUUGCAACGAAGAAACCAUUGCAGACGCAAACAUGUAGACCCAGCGCUUGUUAAUCGUCUAGAACUCAGAUCUUCACCUCUGGUCCUCCUCUCCAAAGGCAGAAUGUUCUCUCCAAAGGCUGUUCAGCUGGUGUUUGUACUAUUUGUCCCCACUAAAACCACACGGGGAGUUGAUACUGAGAUUGCUUCGGCCGAUGGGGGCUCGGUGAUGUUUCCCGGGGUGGGUGCCGAUCGACGGAGCGGCGUGGCGGUUUUCCAGUGGAAGAAGGCCGGGAAGGGAAGCGCGAUGAAGCCCGUGCUACAGUUUCACUCGGGAUCCCGGGAACCAGCUGUGAUCCGGAGUUACACGGGACGCCUCACUUUCUUCCCACACAACGGGUCGAUGGCCUUCCAUAACCUCACCCAACAAGACGCUGGACUCUACCAACUCUACAUCAAUCUGCAGAAGGAUGCCAUCCAAUCUGUCAGGCUGACAGUCAUGGACAGGCUGAGCGAGGUGUCGGUGUGGAGUAACUCCAGCUCUCUGGGUUCUGCCGUCCAGCUCAGCUGCGCUGUGGUUGGGAAUCCUCACGUGUACCAGUGGCGGAAAGAUGGAGGGGACAUAUCCCGACAUCAUCAACUCAUGAACGGGAACACGCACCUCAUCAUCCCGAGGGCUUCCAGCAUCGACUGUGGGACUUACACCUGCAUCGCGAGCAACCCCGUCAGUUCUGCCCAGAAAAACCUCACCCUGACAAUCUACGGUGUUCCCGCAGAGCAGAUUGUGGUCAUGAUGGUUUGGGCAUCGGGACUGUUGUAUUCUGGUUUGUCCCUUAUUGGCUCGACAUUUCUGUGUCUCUAUAAGUGUGCGCCGAAAAUAGAAUCUCGGAAGAUAUUAUUUCACCUCCUGACAUGGCUCUCCAGUUGGAAUACACCAUCUCUUGUCAUCAUCCACAUUGCCCUAAUUUCCUGGAUCGUUAUUAAAGGUGGGCGCUCAAAUACUCUUUUAUUUACGACAUACUGAUUGCCUCAGAUGUGCAGCUUUUUGUCGGCUAAUUGCCUUUGACAACAUUGCAAAUUAGUUUAGUUUAAUUUAGAGAACAGGCCCUUCGAUCCUCGAUUCCCACAAGAGACUCUGUGUGCGUCUACCCGAUCUAUUCCUCUCAUGAUUUUAUACUGGCAUCAGCUAAUCUUCCCUGUCCCGCCUGCAACUGGUCCAAAACGCCGCAGCGAGACUCCUGACAGGCACCCGAAAAAGGGACCACAUCACCCCGAUCCUGGCCUCUCUCCACUGGCUCCCUGUGCGGUUCCGUAUAAACUUCAAGAUCCUCCUCCAUGUCUACAAAGCCCUCAAUGGGGUUGCCCCCACCUACAUUAAAAGUCUUCUCACCCACCACUCCACCUCCAGGCCCCUCAGAUCGGCCGACUUGGGGUUGCUGAAUAUCCCACGGUCUAGGCAUAAGCUCAGGGGCGACCGUGCCUUUGCGGUUGCAGCCCCUAGACUGUGGAACAGCAUCCCCCUUCCCAUCAGAACUGCCCCCUCCAGCGACUCCUUUAAGUCAAAACUAAAGACUUAUCUAUACUCCCAAGCCUUUCCUGACGUCCUCUG